GUAACCGGUUUCCGUAAUGAAUACCCGUCACCACUAAAACACUGUGCGGUGUUGUUGAUCUCAAACCAGCUGGUUGUGUUGCUUUAUCGGAAUGACAAUGUAGGAUAUGUUUUAAAUAAACGUUUUAAAGGCACUAUACCCUUGGUUCAAAUAUGCUCAUUUGAUAUUUUAAAGUCUACUGCAUCAGGCUGGAUACAACACUACUAAUGGAAGAUGUUAAUGAAUUCCGGGACGGCGUCAUUCCGAUUAAACCCAAUCCAGUACUCGAAAAAUGUAUUGUAUUCAAAGUUUACAAGAGGAGAUGGUUCAUUCUGUUCGUGUUGUGCUUGCUAAAUUGCUCAAACUCCAUAUUAUGGCUGACCUUUGCUCCAGUGGCAGACCAUUCAGCCCAGUUCAUGGGUGUCACCCUGGACGAGAUCAACUGGCUGUCCAUGAUCUACAUGGUGGUGGCCAUUCCUCUCAGCUUUGGGACCACAUGGAUGCUGGACACCUUAGGACUCCGAAUCACACUGGUGCUGGGUUCCUGGCUCAACAUGUUGGGAGCUGUGCUGCGUUUUGUGGGCAUCAUGAGGAACCUACCAAGUGCAGCCAAUUUCCCCGUGGUGAUGGGGGGCCAAACCCUAUGUGCCCUGGCCCAGCCCCUGGUUAUCUUCACUCCCACCAAGCUGGCAGCCCUCUGGUUCCCAGAGCACCAGCGGGCCACCGCCAAUAUGAUAGCCUCCAUGUCAAAUCCCCUUGGGAUUCUCAUUGCUAGCAUCUUUUCCCCUAUGAUUGUGGGGACUACCAACAACAUCCCUUUAUUGCUGUUCAUAUAUGCUGUACCAGCAGCCAUUAUCUGUCUCCUAGCAACAGUGGGGAUCCGUGAUAGUGCCCCCCCAACGCCCCCCUCAGCCAGUGCCGAAAGCUCCAACUCAGAGCCCUUCCUGGAGGGAAUCAAGCUGCUCCUGAGGAACAAGGCCUACAUGAUUCUCCUGCUGUGUUUCGGCUCGGGGAUCGCUGUGUUCACCUGCUUCUCUACACUGUUGGAGCAGAUUAUGUGUGUCCGAGGGUACACUAAUGACUUUGCAGGACUGUGCGGAGGUCUCUUCAUCGUGUUCGGUAUAGUCGGAGCUGGCUUCCUGGGUCUCUACGUUGACAAGACCAAGAAGUUCACUGAGGUCACCAAGGUCAACAUGAGCCUCUCAGCGCUGGGCUGCAUUGCCUUCUCAGUGGUAUCUCAGAUGCGGAAUCAGGGAAUAGCCGUGGCCGUUGCUUGUUCGCUCUUCGGCUUUUUCGGCUUCUCCAUUUACCCGGUUGCCAUGGAGUUGUCUGUGGAGUGCUCCUACCCGGUUGGGGAGGCCACCUCAGCAGGCCUGAUAUUUAUAUCAGGACAGAUCCAGUCAGUUAUCUAUAUACUGCUUCUUCAGGGGUUGACCAAACCAAUGGCCUACUCGCCCUUCUCUACCUGUUCUGUAGGAGGGGAUGCGGCCUUGAGUUGGAGGGUGCCUGUGCUGGUGAUGGCAGGCCUGUUCAGUGUCUUUACCUGCUGCUUCAUUAUCUUCUUCCACACGAAGUACAGGAGACUGGAUGCUGAGGCACAGGCUGGUGGAAAAAAGCCAACUCUGACAACCUGUGACAGCACCUCAAACUCUGACCAAAAGUAGGAACAGGUCAGGGGUUAACUGAACUGCCUUGAGAUCACUAGCUCACUGGCAACAUUUCAGAAGCACAACAAUUCUCACACGAGGCCAAGUGUAUUGACUUACCAUUACAUUCCUUUAUAAAGAUUAUUUUGCUUUUCGGAAUGUAACUGAAAGGUCAUUUCUACCUUUGCUAUACUGCUUCAUUCUCUCAUCCCAAGUGGAUGAUUACAGUUUUGACAAUAGCGAUAUUUAAUAUUGCUUAAACGGUGGUGGUAAACAGUGAUCAUAAGUUACUCGAUUUGAAACGGGGCUUUCCUUUUAUACAGGUAUGCUCUUAAGAUGAAUAGCAUCUUAUGCACCGCACCGUUUGUACUGAUGCGGAGCAGAGUGGAGGUCAUUUCGGCUCGGUCUGUUAAGUUGGACAUUAAAUGUAUGAUGCAAAAGUAA